AUGGCAGCUAUCCUGCAUGCCUCCUCUUUGAGCGGCCCAGAUAAGUGGUUGGCACAUGGUCCAGUUGUCCCCCUUCAAGUCGUAGGGCUUAACAAGGCAUGCCUCGAUUUCCUCUUUGCUCCGAAGAGUCAGUCAUGUGAUGGUCAGCUUCACAGCCCGGAGCCCGGACCUUUUAUCCCAGCAGGGGGCGUGGGAACCAACGGGACUACCCCUGUCUAUAAUGCAAAGAGUGACUUUGACUACGAGUCUUUGGCCCUUGCGUUGUAUCAAGAGUACAUCGAGCUCGACCUCUUCCAUGAUGGACUGGCACGCUUCUCUGUUGACGACUUUACUGCUGCAGGGUUGACAGCAGAGGAUCGUUUCUUGAUCGAAUUCAUGGCCGAUCAGGAAGUCGGCCAUGCGACCAUGUUGACCAACAUUUUGGGCGCGGAGGCACCCAGACAGUGCAACUACGUAUACCCUUAUACCACCGUUCACGAGUUCUUGGAUUUCUGCCAGAAGCUUACACGCUUUGGCGAGGCGGGUGUGUAUGGAUUCUUGUCGCAUCUGGACUCCCGCGAAGCAGCGACGCUUCUCACUUUGUCCAUCACCACGGAGGCUCGCCAGCAAAUGAUCUUCAGGCAGUUUGAAGGACUCUUCCCCAUGCCAGUUUGGUUCGAGGUUGGUGUUCCUCAGUCAUGGGCCUGGACUUUGCUUGCUCCCUAUAUUGCCUCUUGCCCAGAAGGCCAGACGCGCCUGGCCUGGCAAAACUUCCCAGCACUGUCUAUCCUGAACCAGCCGAACCCGGUCCGGAUUAACGGUGCAGAUGCUUGGAAGGAGACUAUUACCAAUGGCACAAAUGUGUUGAACAGCACGGCGGUCCCCAGCUCGCAAGCUUGCCAGAACAAUGACGCCGUGGGUAUCAACUGCUCACCUGCAAUCACCCACAAUCGCACAAACCCUCUGUCGUUCCCCGGCCGGGAAGUUUUCCUGUCCUGGGAUGCUCCAGGACAGCCAGUUGGGCCGAACAAUAGCUAUGUGACCUCGACUACCGCGGGGGCCCCCAAGUACGUGGCGUGGGUGACGCAGCUGAACGUGACCUACUCUGAGUUGACACUCAAUGGCUCGAGAUCUGGAUCGACGAUUCAGCCCAACGUUGAAACCUACGCAGGUGAUCCCGCCGUUAAUGGCACCAUGUUCAUUGCCAUUACUGAUACAAACCUUUUCGUGACCCCGUUCAACAUCAGCAUGAUCAAUCCUCAUGUGGUCGCUGGACCGGCUCUCUACCAGUCUGGCUAAGCGAGUACAAGUAUGGCCGGAAGAGUAUACGUUCCCAGGAAAGGCAUGCUUUCAACGUGUGAUCUCUUGCGAGAUGUUAUAUUCCGACGAUGUAGUGGGAUUCUGACUGGAAGAGGAAGGGAAUUUUUCAUGUCUUAGCCAUGAUGCUAAAUGUUUGUAAUUCUAUUAGUUCUUGAUCUGGAGUUGUACUUGGCUACUAAUUAAAACAUGGUUGAAGGC